CACUGCCACUGCCACUGCCACUGCCAGCGUCAGCUCCGUUUUAAUCUUUAUAAUUCCAAGAAAACAAAACUAAAACUAAAAAGAAAAAGAAAAUAAUCAGAGUAAUGGUCGAAUAAAGAGAGAGAGAAUGGAUGUAGUAACAUUCGGAAUCAUAAUCGGCAUAAUCGUGCUUUUCCUUUGUAUCGUCUGUUUCAUCACCAUUGAAGGCACCUGCAAACGCCGCCCUUCUUAAAACCCCCCGAACCGAAACAAAUCCAGCACACCGCCAUUCUUUCCUUUCCUUUCCUUUUUUUAAAUUAUAGUCAACCACUCUCUCACUUUGAUUUCCUUCUUUCUUGUCCUUUGCCAAAAUGGAGCCGAAACGGAAACGGAUUCUGUUAGCUUUGUUCUUAUUGCUCGUAUCUUGCUCGGAUCUAUGUUUUGGCAAUGAAUUCUGUGCAUCGCCAGUGCAUCAACAUUCCCAUGGACACCAUCACCACCAUGAUUGCGCUCACGGACACCAACACCACCACCACCAUGAGCAUAAUCCUGGAGUGAUUGAAUCGAAGCUGCCGGAGGAAUUGGCCGAGGAGGAGGAUAUGAAACUCUACGGGUUUGGCAACCAUGACCAUGACCAUGACCACCACCGCGGUUUGGAACUCUCUGGUUUAGGUCUUUGGAUACAUGCGUUGGGCUGCUCACUUUUGGUGAGCUUGGCUUCCCUUAUCUGCCUGAUUUUCUUGCCAGUCAUAUUUAUAAAAGGAAAACCAUCCAAGGCAAUUGUGGAUUCGUUGGCUUUAUUUGGGGCAGGAGCUAUGUUAGGGGAUGCAUUUCUUCAUCAAUUACCACAUGCAUUUGGUGGCGAACACACCCACUCUGAUGAUCACCAUGCAGACAAUUUUCAUCAUGCUCAUGCUGGAGAUGAGCGUGGCCAUGCACAUUCACAUUCUUUGAAAGAUCUUUCUGUUGGAAUAUCUGUUUUGGCUGGUAUUGUACUCUUUCUGCUUGUAGAGAAGGUGGUGAGGUAUGUUGAAGACAAUUCUACUGGAGCUAAUGCUUGGAAUCAUGGCCAUCACCAUCACAAUCACAACAGCAGCAAGAAACUGAAAGAUGACGGUGAUGCUCAUGAUAAGACACAGUCAAAAUCUUCCAAGGAAGGUGAUGGGAAAGGGUCUGAUGAAGUUUUGGAUGAUUCUUCAAAUGAUACUAAUUUUACUCAAAGUGAAUCUCUACUUCGGAAGAGAAAGACCGUGCAGGAGGGCAAGGAUGAUAAAUCAGAUGUUGAUGCUGCAGAUGGCUCUGCGAAUAAUAUUAGAUCAUUGAAUGAAAACGAACAUACUCUGUCACCUUCAAAUCUGGUGUUUGGUUAUCUUAAUCUCAUCUCUGAUGGUGUUCACAAUUUUACAGAUGGAAUGGCUCUUGGAAGUGCAUUUUUGCUUUAUGGAUCUGUUGGUGGAUGGUCUAGAACUCUUUUUUUGCUUGCACAUGAGCUUCCUCAAGAGAUAGGAGAUUUUGGUAUUCUGGUAAGAUCUGGUUUCAGUGCACCUAAAGCCCUUUUUUUCAACUUCCUCUCAGCAUUAGUGGCAUUAGCAGGAACUGCGUUGGCUUUGCUCUGGGGACAAGACCCAGGACAGUCAUCUUUGAUUGAGGGAUUCACUGCAGGCGGAUUUGUGUACAUUGCUGUUGCUGGGGUCCUGGCAGAAAUGAACAAUAGCAAGACAACGCUGAGAAGUUCAGCAGUUCACAUAACCUCGCUAGUGCUGGGGAUGGCUGUUGCCCUGUGCAUCUCACUUGUGGAAUGAACAUUCGUUUUAUAACUGUAAUUCUAGCCCAACUUAACUGCAAAAGUACGAGGAAAAGAUUAGAUGUUUUCUUAACACUUAAAAUUAGUUGUUAUCUCAUUUUUUGUGAGUUUCACCUC